AUGUCCAAGUCACUAUGCUGCGCUAAAAACUCAGGAGGUUGGGGGACCUUGCAUGAUUGGGCUCACAGGGGCCAGAGGCACAUGGAUAUGCUUGCAUGCUACCAACAUACACAUACGAGGCAUAACUCACUGCAGCAACGACAUCAUGCCGGUAGCGAAUAUCACGGCUUCGAGAACAUCUCUUACAACAAAACCAUCCGUCUUCGUCCCUGCCUGUGGCCGCGUUGGCUCGCGUUUUACAUCAUCAACACAAAACUCAAGGUCUUCUGA